AUGUAUCGUCAAAUAAUGGUUCAUCAUGAAGAUUGGAAGCUUCAACAAAUUUUUUGGCUAGACAAUCAUAACAAAAUCAUCCCAUAUCAACUCACAACAGUAACCUACGGCACUAGAUCAGCUCCUUAUCUAGCAGUUCGUGUGUUACUGCAAUUAGUAGAGGAUGAAGGCCAUAAAUAUCCAAAAGCAACUCAGAAAAUCAUUAAAGGCAGAUAUGUCGACAACAUAUUUGGAGGAGCAGAUUCUCCAGAAGAAUUAAUUCAAGUUGCUGAGGAACUAAUCAACUUGUGCAAGGCGGGCGGCUUUCCCCUUGCAAAAUGGCAAUCAAACAGUCAAUCACUUCUUCAAAAAACGUCACAAUCAUCAGAAGUAGCUCAAAUUUAUGAUCCUUUGGGGUUUGUGUCACCAAUCACAAUCAGAGCUAAGAUGCUCCUUCAAGAACUCUGGUUACAUAACUUCAGCUGGGACGAACCAGUCCCACAAUCAAUCAUCAAUCGCUGGCUGAUCAUCAGAGAAGAAUUCACUCAACUUCAUGAGAUUUCACUUCCCCGAUGGAUUCACACAACCAGACAUUCAACUGUCGAAAUUCAUGGAUUCUCUGAUGCUUCACAGCUUGCAAUGGCUGCAGCAAUCUACCUAAAAAUCAAUUCACCGUCCACAGGGCCCAAAAUCACACUCAUCUGUGCGAAAAUGAAAGUAGCACCAAUCAAACAAAUCACGAUCCCCAGGCUAGAGUUAACUGCUGCGUUAAUUCUAGCAAAACUCACAAAGUAUGUUCAAGCUACACUCCACAGAGUGAACAUACAUUCAAUUCACUUAUGGACGGCCUCUUCAAUCACUCAUUCAUGGAUCAAUUCAAAUGCAGGACGCUGGAAGGACUUUGUCAGGAACAGAGUAGUGCAAAUUCAAGAACUAGUUGCGGACGCGCACUGGCACCACAUUUCUGGCAAGGAAAAUCCAGCGGACUGUGCUUCAAGAGGCAUCACAGCCAAUUAA